AAAAUAAAUAAAGAUAAGAUUCGAACGACGCAACGGCGAGCAUGCGAGCGAUUUCGUGUUUAUUUCUUCGAAAUUCGUGUUGAAAUAAGUCCGGCCCGCAUGGCGUCGGACUUCUCCUGGACCGAGGAGGCGGCCGAUCUGCCGGACUGGUUCGUGCCGGUGGCCUUCGGCGCCGAGAGACACCGCGAGGAGAUCGAGGGGGACCGCUCGGACACGCAGACCUGGAGGAUGAAGGAGAGGAUGAAGACGGUGAGCGUGGCCCUGGUCCUGUGCCUGAACGUGGGGGUGGACCCCCCGGACAUCGUCAAGACACAGCCCUGUGCCAGGCUCGAGUGCUGGAUAGACCCGUCGUCCCUGCUGCCCCAGAAGGCGCUGGACGCCAUCGCCCUGUCACUCCAGAAGCAGUACGAGAAGUGGCAGCCGAGGGCCCGCUACAAGCACUGCCUCGACCCCACCGUGGACGAGGUCAAGCGCCUCUGCACCUCCCUGCGCAGGAACGCCAAGGACGAGCGCGUGCUGUUCCACUACAACGGGCACGGGGUGCCGCGGCCCACCUCCAACGGGGAGGUGUGGGUGUUCAACAAGACGUACACCCAGUACAUCCCGCUCUCCAUCUACGACCUGCAGCAGUGGAUGGGGGCGCCCUCCAUCUACGUCUACGACUGCUCCUGCGCCGGCCUGGUGCUCGACUCCUUCCGCCAGUUCGCCACCCAGCACGAGAGGGAGUACGAGCUCCUGGCCAACAGCGGCAAGGGCGCCCCGGAGGGGUCGUCGCCGCCCUGCUACCGGCAGUGCAUCCAGCUGGCCGCCUGCUCCGCCACCCAGAUCCUGCCCAUGAACCCGGACCUGCCCGCCGACCUCUUCACCUCCUGCCUCACCACGCCGGUCAACAUCGCCCUCAAGUGGUUUGUGCUGCAAAACAGCAAAAAAUUGCUCCCGGAAAUCACCAUCGAUCUCAUCGACCAGAUCCCGGGCCAGGUGUCGGACCGUCGCACCAUGCUGGGCGAGCUGAACUGGAUCUUCACGGCCAUCACGGACACCAUCGCCUGGAACUCGCUGCCCAAGGACACGUUCCAGCGCCUCUUCCGCCAGGACCUGCUGGUGGCCUCGCUCUUCCGCAACUUCCUGCUGGCCGAGCGCAUCAUGCGCACCUACAACUGCACGCCCCUCUCCAGCCCCCCGCUGCCGCCCACGCACCACCACCCCAUGUGGCAGGCUUGGGACCUGGCGGUGGACGGGUGCCUGUCGCAGCUGGGUGCGGUGGUGCGGGGGGGCUCCCCCUACGCCCACUCCCCCUUCUUCUCGGAGCAGCUGACGGCCUUCCAGGUGUGGCUGACCCGCUCGCCCCCCCGGGGGCAGCCCGAGCAGCUGCCCAUCGUGCUGCAGGUUCUGCUGAGUCAAGUGCACAGGCUGAGGGCCCUGGAACUCUUGGGGCGCUUCUUGGACCUGGGGCCCUGGGCUGUCAAUCUGGCUCUGUCUGUGGGCAUCUUCCCCUACGUGCUGAAGCUUCUGCAGAGCUCUGCCAGGGAGCUGAGGCCACUGCUCGUAUUCAUAUGGGCCAAGGUGCUGGCCGUAGACAGCACUUGCCAGAAUGACCUGGUGAGGGAUGGUGGCUUCAAGUACUUUCUCACCGUUCUAGGUGAGCCCUACAUGCCGGCAGAACACAGGACCAUGGCUGCAUUCUGCAUAUCCUCCAUUGUUAACAAUUACAGGGUCGGACAGAAGGCGGCCCGCGAGGGCGGCGUGGUGUGCCUGUGCCUGGAGCAGCUGGGAGACGCGCACGGGCGGCUGCGUCAGUGGGCGGCCCUGUGCCUGGGCAGGGCUUGGGCCCGGCACCAGCCCUCGCGCUGGUGCGGGGUGCGCGACUCGGCGCACGAGAAGCUGCAGGAGCUGCUGCAGGACCCGGAGCCGGAGGUGAGGGCGUCUGCCGUCUAUGCCCUGGGCACGUUCCUGAGCGCCACCACGGAGAGGAGCGACCACGCGGACGCCAUCGACCACUCCAUCGGGAUGACGCUCGUCAGCCGGGUGGCACACGAUGGGAGCCCGCUUGUCAGGGCGGAGGUGGUGGUGGCCCUGCAGUGGUUCCUCAUCAACUUCGAGAACCAGUUUGUGGCGGUGAGCUUCCAGCACAUGGAGGAGGAGCGGACCAGGGAGUCCGCCGGCCACCUGCUGCCCCCCGGGAUGGACGUGCCCGCUCCGGGCCUGAGAAAGGUGGCGUCCAGGGACCGACUGAGGGCCUCAUCCCCCAGCGAGGACGUGGAGCGGCUGCGUCGCGUGAGCUCCAGCACCUCCAUCAGCAGCAUGUCGUCCCCCGGGCCGGCCCCCCUGGGGUACGCCUCCGUGUUCGGGAGCAUCUGGCGCGCCCUGCUGGGCCUUGCCGAGGACCCCUGCCCCCGCAUCGCCGCCCUGGCCCGCCGCCUCGUCGACCACAUACGCCAGAAGGUCCAGGAGUUGCACCCCUCGGAAGUGAGCUCCGUCUCGGAGCCCUCCUCCCCCUCCUCCAGAGCCACCUUCCUCACGGGCGAGUCUCCCCCCAGAGCCCCCAGGUGGACUGACAGCAAUGCCCCCUACCAGCACUACCAGUACUUCGCACAGUUCAACAGGAUACGCAGGACUUUUGACAGGGGCCCAGAGGUGCGUGAGACUGAGGAAGAGGCGGAAGAUGCUCCGGAACCCAAGAGCCCCCUGGUGGAGACACAGUUUGUGUCCUGGAGUUCCAGAUACUUCAGCGAGCCACUCCUCAAGGCCUCGGAGAGCGACCCGGACGGUCCGGAGCACCUGGAGCGGGAGUGGCUCUUCCUCAGGAACGAGAAGGUGCGGAGGGGCGUGGCCGAGGAGAAGAAGAGGCUGGAGAUGGGCAGGUUCGAGGAGCAGAUCUUCAUCAACAAGAACCCAGGCUGCCCCACGGCCCUGGUCUUCCACCCCUACGAGCCGCUCAUGGUGGUCGCAGACAAGGACUCCUACAGCGUGUGGGACUGGGAGCGCGGGCUCCUGCUCCCGUCCCGGCCCCCAGGCGGGCCGCGCAACGCCCGGAUCACCGCCCUGGACCUGCUCAACGCACACCUGGACGCUCUGCUCAUGGUCGGAUACGACGACGGGGCCGUGAAGGUGUGGAAGGACUACGCCAGCGCCUCCUCCGUCCGGCCGGUCACGGCGUUCCGGGUCGUCCAGGACCUCCUGCCCUCCACUAGAGGUUCCGGUCUGGUGCUGCGCUGGGAGCAGCACUCCCUGCGUCUGCUGGCGUCCGGGGACGUCCGCCACGUGCGCGUCUGGGACGCACAGAGGGAGGCCAAGCUGCAGGACCUGCCGACGGGUGCGGACAGCUGCGUGAGCUGCCUCUCCUCCUGCCCCGAGUCCCCGGGACUGGUGUGCGCCGGCUGCGGGGACGGGACGGUGCGCCUCUACGACCGCAGGAUGCCGCACAACGAGUGCUGCCUGCACGUGUUCCAGGAGCACUCCGGCUGGGUGGUGGACGUCCUGCUGCAGGAGAAGCAGGUAGUCAGCGGAAGCGUGGCCGGGGACGUGCGCUUCUGGGACCUGCGUCGGCCGCACUCCAGCGUGCGCUCGGUGCCCCCCUCCCCCCACGGCAUGACGGCCAUGGACGUGCACCCGGACCUCGACCUGGUGGCCUGCGGCGCGGCCACCCAGUUCAUCUCGGUGUUCGACCGCAGCGGGGAGUGCGUGAGCACCAUCAAGUACCACGACGGGUUCAUGGGACACCGCAUCGGGCCCAUCAGCUGCCUCCACUUCCACCCCUACAAGGCUUGCCUGGCUGCGGGAAGCACGGACUCUCUCAUCUCCAUCUACUCCGUGAACAGGAAACACUGAGUCAUCUGUACAUGUGCCAUCUGCUUAAAUUAUUGUUAUUACUGCUGCUAUUAAACACACAUAUUUUUCCA